AUGGCCGCCAACGGACAGUCCUUUUACGAGCUCUAUCGCCGUAGCAGCAUCGGCAUGGCGCUCACGGACACCCUCGACGACCUGAUCAGCGAGCGUCGCAUUGAGCCCCAGUUGGCGAUGAAGAUUCUGGCGAACUUUGAUCGGAGUAUCACCGAGGUGUUGGCAGAGAAGGUCAAGGCACGAUUAUCUUUUAAGGGACAUCUCGACACCUACCGUUUCUGCGACGAAGUUUGGACGUUUCUGAUAAAGGAUGUCACCUUUAAGAUGGAGAACUCCAGUCAGACAGUCCAGGCGGAGAAGGUCAGAAUCGUGAGCUGCAACAGCAAACGACCUGGAGACCCACAAUGA